AUGAUGAAUUCUGUAGCUCGGAAUAAGCUGAGAAUUGUCGCUGCCGGGAGAGGCCGGUCCAUGUGCCUAGAUCCUAUCGUAAAGGCUGUGUUGGAUCUGACGGAUUCCAUAGAAGAAAAGGAGAUCCGACUCGUGUACCUUGGAACGGCAACCUACGACAAGAACGAUGCAUUCGAGGCCCAAACACAUGCGUACUCUAGACUAUCAAACUGUAAAGUUAUCAAGCUUGAAGUUAGUGAAGCUGCUCAAAAGAAUCUUUCCCAUGAUGAAAUCCGAGACGUUAUUGAUUCGGCUCAUGUGAUUAUGGUCAGUGGUGGCAACACUUUGUACGCCGUCAAGCGCUGGAAGCAACUGAAGAUCGACGCCAUGAUUCGAAACUGUGUAAUCCAAAAAAAUCCCCCGCCUGUGUUAUGUGGGGGCAGUGCUGGAGCAAUUUGUUGGUUCGAAUAUGGUCACUCGGACUCAAUGGACCCGACUACAUUUUUUUCGAGCCAAUCCUCUGACGACUGUGCUGCUCUUGCGGGCUCUCUAGAGUUGAAGGCCUCGGGUAUCUCCCUGCGUUAUGCGUACCACAUCACGACGCUACCCAGAGCAAUGGUCUCCCGCGAUCACAAGAUUCAGAUGCCAUGCUAUUGA